AUGCAGUGCCCCAGGCCCCAACUUCAGCGACCAGUUCACUCCCCAGGUGAUUCUGGUGCAGAUGUCCUCAGGGUGCCAGAAUGCUUGUGGGAUGUGAAAAGUGGGGAGCAGAGAAACUCAGGACUCUGGGGACACAGGCACAGAAGUGCCAGAAAGCAGAUGGACCUUUCCUGGGGCUAUUCAGGGAGCUGUGUGAAGUCUGUCCUCCAGGUAAUAGAAGACUUUGCCCUUAGGGAUAUGUGCAGUGAUCCAUCAAUGAGGCCAAAAAUUCGGAGACUGUCUGAAACUUACUUAGAACAACUUUUUGGAUUGGAUGACCGACUGUUGUUAAAACAUGAACUUCAAUUGCUAAAAUGGAGAAGCAAGUUAAAACUCAAAGUAGCUGCUAAAGAAGAAUCCAUUUCUCCUGAACCAAGUCUGUCUAAUGUCUCUCUUGAAGGCAAGAGACGUGAAUGUGACAUUUCACUAUUACCCCAAAGAGUGGUCUCACAGAUUUUCUUCUACCUCAGUUUAAAAGAUAAAAUAAUACAUAGUCAAGUUUGUCACUCCUGGAUGUUGAGGACACAAGCAAGCUCGUUGUGGAAUGGUAUUGAUUUUUCCAUGGUAAAUAUCAUCACAGAUAAAUACAUAGUGACUACUUUGCAAAGGUGGCAUCUAAAUGUGCUGUGUUUGAAUUUUCGUGGCUGUAUUCUCCGCUUGAAAACCUUGAGAUCUGUAUGCCUCUGCAGAAGUUUGCAAGAGCCGAAUGUCUCUGACUGCCCAACACUCACGGAUGAAUCAAUGAGAUACGUCUCUGAAGGCUGUUCUGGAGUCCUGUACCUCAAUCUAUCUAACACAACUAUCACCAAUAGGACCAUGCGAUUGCUGCCAAGACACUUCCACAACUUACAGAAUCUCAGUUUGGCUUGCCACAGAGAGUUCACAGACAAAGGGUUACGGUACCUGAAUUCAGGGGAGGGAUGCCACAAGCUCAUCUAUUUGGACCUUUCUGGUACAAUUCAGAUUUCAGUCCAAGGCUCCAGGAAUGUUGCAAACAUCUGCACUGGAAUUAUGCACCUGACCAUCAAUGACAUGCCAACUCUGACAGACAACUGUAGAAAAGCUUUAGUUGAAAGGUGCUCUCGUAUUACAUCAGUAGUUUGCAUCGGCACACCACAUAUCCCUGAUUGUGUUUUUAAAGCUCUUUCUAUGUGUAACUUCAGAAAGAUCUGAUUUGAAGGAAAUAAAAGGAUUACUGAUGUAUGUUUCAAAUUUAUAGACAAGAAUUAUCCAAAUAUCAGGCACAUUUACAUGGCAGACUGCGAGAGAUUAACAGAUGCUAGCCUUAAGUCACUUUCACCUUUGAAGCAACCAACUGUGUUGAAUUUGGCAAAUUGUGUAAGCUGCCCUAAUUUUAACUACUUGAGUUUGAGAAAUUGUGAACAUUUGACUGACCUAGCAAUUGGAUACAUUGUAAACAUCUUUUCCUUGGUAUCAGUAGAUCUCUCUGGAACAAACAUCUCUAACGAGGGUUUGAUGAUACUUUUCAGACAUAAAAAAUUAAAGGCACUUUCUCUGUCUGAGUAUUAUAAAAUCACUGAUGUUGGCAUUCAGAUUACUGACUUAGCAAUGGAGAUGUUAUCAGCAAAAUGCCAUUACUUGCUUUGUGUCCUGCUUACUGACCAAAUGCUUGAGGACCUGCAGAUAGGCAGCAAACAACUCCGGAUCCUUAAGAUGCAAUACUGCAGGCUUAUUUCCAUGUAAGCAGCGAAGAGAAUGUCAUCUGUAAUUCAGCAGCAGGAAUAUAAUCCUAAUAACCCUCCCCUUCGGUUUGGCUAUGAUUAUGAAGGAAAACCUCUUACAGGACAACAUGAGAUAACACCACUUAAAAAUGUAGAAUGGACAGUGACAGAGUCAACAUACAGUAGUGAAGAGGAAGUAGACCUUCAGCCACAAGCAAGAAGAACGGAAAAUCUAAAACUUGCGAAACAAAGGUUAUCCUGGGAAGGCCUGACAGAGUCAAACAAGCCCUCUGAAAGCAGUUUCUCCAGCGUGGUUGCAGAAGAGGCCAGAUAUUCGGCGUGUGAGAAACAAGGGCUGGCUUUAAGAUGGAGAGGGCCACAUGAGAAGGAACGCAAGUGGCCUCUAGAAGCUUCGAGUGAUAGCCAACAGACAGCAAGGAAAGAGAGACCUCAGUUGUAG